AUGAAAGCGAAUCCCAGUCGCUCUUCCCACACCCCUCCCCAAUCAUCUUACCAACCUCCUUCCGGUGGCAUUUUUACCAUCAUACCGCCGGCAUGGGUUCCAUAUGCUGAACUCAUGCGUCUGGACCGACCAGCGGGGUACUUCGCCUUCAUCUGGCACUAUCUGAUCGGAAUCGGCUUUGGUGCGGCCCUGAUUUCCCCGCGCCUGUCCCCGAUUACUAUAGCAGGAGCAACAAUCUACCUCGGCGUGUGGGUAAUAGUGCUUCGCGGUGCGGUUUGCACCGUCAACGACAACCUGGACCAAGAGUUCGAUCGCCAGGUGGCUCGAACCCGAUGGCGACCCAUUGCGCGAGGGGCGGUCUCAACCACCCAAGCCAACCUCUUCGCCGCCACCCAGUUUGUCAUCCUAGCCGUGAUGGCCGUCAAGUGUCCAUUCCGCCAGAGCCCCGAAGCGACGGCAAUUCCCGUUUAUGCCACUCUGACAGCCGUCAUCCUGAGCGUCUAUCCGCUGGGGAAACGCGUGACUGACAUGCCACAGCUGAUUCUUGGAGUCGGCUUUGCAGCUGCGAUUCCCUACGCCGCGGCCAUGGUCGGGCUUGACCCGUUUGAUCUGGACGGAAGGGGCGUUCUGACGCAGGACGAAUCUCAUUCGUUAGCGACAUCUUGUCUAAGUCUGUGUGUUGCAUGUGCCAUCUGGACUGUGAUUUUUGAUACCAUCUACGCACACCAGGACCGCGAGGAUGACAUCAAAGCGGGCGUGCGCUCCCUGGCGGUCCGUCUCGGAGACAACACCAAGCUGGCUUGUGCGGUCAUGACGACCGCUCAAGUCGCACUCUUGGUCUUCACUGGCGUGCAGUGCCAGUUCUCGUCGGUGUAUUUUGUCUCGUGCGCUGGCGUGGCGCUGGCUUUGACUGUUAUGCUGGUGAAAGUUGAUCUUCGCUCGGCGGCAAGUUGCGCUUGGUGCUUCGGGAAGGGCACGGGCAUUGUAGGGGUUAUUCUUCUUGCGGGCCUGUUUGGAGAGUACUUAAUCAUGAAAUGA